GGACAGUUCCAACAACCAGGGAGGGGCGUGCUGGUGAGACAAAGAAAUAUGAUUGCGUCGCAAAACGAUGGACAGGAUUGGUGGAAAAUUGAACCCAAAUACUCUGCUAAAGUUCUCAUUGGAAACUGUCUGGAAGAGAGGAAAAAGUUUAUAAAAGACACUGGGAAACUCGGCAGCAGCGUAUACAGAACAGACUUCAUUUGCUUCCCAGAUCACAAACCAGACCAAACACUAAGGAGAACCAUGAUGGAAAAAUUUGAGGGCCUGCCAAUGCAGCAAUUCUUCACCCAUCAUGAGGAACCAAGAAGCCGAAAUUUGGUAUCGGAGUAUGACGAUAAAUACAAUAGACAUGGUUACAACCCUGUGCUGCCUCCCCUCCGCAGCUGGAAUGGACGCAAGUUUGCCUGGAUUCCUCAGAAAUCAGAUUUUCCCAUUCUUGAACCACCUACCAACUAUGGCAUUCUUGAGCACCUGAUGAAAAAAUGGCACGAGAAAGAAGAUGGAGUGAUGAACAGUGUCUACACCAUUUCCUAUGAAAGCCCACCGAUUUCUGCUUUUGCUACUUGUCAACUGAGACAGCCAGCUAAAACUCAUGAUCUCCCUUUCAACCAGGGAUGUCUUCCCCAAAACAUUAGUAGAAUCCUGGAUUAUGAAGGGGGUCAGAAAUACCUGCAAGCCAUCAGCCAACUGGUGAGAGACAGAAAAGCAAGGGAUGCCUCCGUGUAAACUGCUUAGGGUGAUCUUGAGUACUACUUAAUAUAGCUUGUUGCUCAUGUACGUAAGAGUGAUUUGUUCCAUGCAGAAGGAAUGAGAAUUAGGUUAUAAAUGUGGAGGGCUGUCUACUAGUUAGAACAAGUUGCUGGGUUACAUGCUGACCUGCAGAUGGCUGGGAAUAUUUCAGAAGAUAUUAAAUCACUGGAAACAAAAUUUUCAUCUGUUGGUUUCUAGUCAAUGAACAGUUGCAGGAAGGAAAAAAAAAAACAGAAUGGGACUGAACCUGAAAGGAUAUAAAUCUCUUAAUUGCUUUGUCCUUAGCUGUUUUUUUCAUUUUUACACAGCUUGCUAUAAUUUCUUUGACAAAAGAGUAGAAAAGAAACUUGUGUUAUUCCAUAAUGUGUCUGAAACAUCCAAGGAUAAAGUAAACCUAUGAAAUGGCUGCAUACCUAAGGACAAGGUGAACCAAGGUUUAUCCCAAUGCAGUAAGCAAGCAGACCUUGAUUGCCCUUGGCUUUACAUAUUGAAUGGCACUUAAUGGUAGAUAAGCUGCAAAGUAAACUACAUUAGUUGACCUUACAUUACCAAACAGUAAACCUAGAAGAAAUAGUUGUAGGUGGCCUUUAUACUGCUGGAUAGGCCACCCCGAUCCUUUACUUGGUUGAGAAAGUAUGUGAACGACCUAUGUAAAAAAUGCUGACAGAAGUCCAAAUUCUUAUUGCACUGAUGUGCAACUCCUGUAUUUAAAUCACAUUUGGUCCAGAGGAGAUAUUUGGAAGGUUCAGCUGCUAUUGGUCUGAGGCUCAACAAUAAACUUGCAGCAAGUUAAAGGCUUAGAUUAAAUAUAUCUGGAAUUAAUUCAAUACAUAUUUAUCUCUUAAACAAUUUUGCUCAAGAUUAGCAAUAAUAUAAUUAUUUUUAGGAACAAGAUAAAGCAUAUACUUUAGUCUUGGCAUGGACAAGCCUCUGGCCAUGGUCUGUACAGUUUUACCCCUGCAACAUUUUAGUCACUGUGAUUUAGGUUUGCUUUUUCAAGGUCGGAUUUUCAACUGAAGGACAUGGACGAUUCAGGCGUGUGUGUAGAGCAACAGUGGCACCUAUUGGCAAAGCCAUUCUUCACUGACUGUGAGACAACCAAAAACGUCUGCAAGAGAGGUAUGCAGACCCUCAACUAGUUGCGUGAAUCAGAAGGCAGCAUUGUUAAUGAAAUCUUUCAGAGAUGCAAGAGCCCUGAUAAUUAGAUAAGCAUUAUAU